UACCGCAGGGUCGCCGGUCGCAGUACAGAGAGAGCAGUGCACGGAGAGUGCGGCCUCAACAAACUAUACCUUUAUCAUUCCAAUUAAUAAAAUCAAAAUAUUAAGCCUUUUCUUACUUAGAUUAGAGAAUAUCAACAAUGUCAGUACCAAAGUACAUAACCUUGGCCGGCGGGGACAAGAUGCCGAGGCUGGGAUUCGGAACCUGGCAGGCAUCCGAAAGUGAGGUAGAAGACGCGGUGACGGCCGCUCUAGAGGCGGGGUACAGGCACAUAGACACGGCCGCGGCCUACGAAAACGAGAAGGCUAUCGGUCGCGCACUGAACCGGUGGAUCGGAAACGACCCUGACAGGAGGAAGGAGCUAUUUGUUGUCACUAAACUACCGCCCUCAGGUAAUAGUGUCAAGCACGUCGAAGAGUUCUUCGCAGCGUCUCUCGCAAACUUAGGACUUGAAUAUCUCGACCUGUACCUUAUUCACACUCCGUUCGGGUUUGAAUACGUGCCCGGCGACCUGCAUCCCAAGAACCCUGAUGGUAGCAUGAAGUUCGAUUUUACUACCGAUCUGAUGGCUGUUUGGAAGGAGCUCAUAAAAAUAAAGGAGUCCGGUCGCGUCCGCCACAUCGGGGUGUCCAACAUGAACGAGGAGCAGAUAAACCGUUUCACCAAACUGUACAAACCGGAAUGUUUACAAAUAGAGAUCAACGUGACAUGCCAGCAAACGUCCUUGGUGGCCGAGGCGAAACGACUGGGCAUUCCCGUCGUCGCCUACUCGCCGCUCGGCUCGCGGGCCAUGGCUCAAGUACUAGCUGCCAAGACUGGUCGUGAGUAUCCGAACUUGCUGGAGUUGCCAGAGGUGAAAAGUAUUGCAACGGCGCAUUCACGAAGUUCGGCCCAAAUCUUACUGCGCUACCUGCUGCAGUGCGGAGUCGCCGCCAUCCCUAAGAGCACCUCACCUAAACGGAUCAAAGAGAAUAUAUCUGUCUGGGACUUGGAGCUGAGCGACAGUGAGAUGGCGGCGCUGCGCGCGCUCGACCGCGGCGACGACGGGCGCAUCUGCGACUUCAGCUUCUUCCCUGGCGUUGAGAAACAUCCAGAAUUCCCCUUCAAGAGACACUAAAUUAACGAACAUUUACCUAAUUUUUAAUGAGUAUUGUUAAAUAAUAAUCGGAUUUGAUAUUAAACAUACUUCCAUCCGU